CUCAGAGGAAAAACAAAGAAACAAAGAAACAAAAAAAAAACAAGAAGAAAAAUACAACAAAAAACCAAAGUCAAGGUAAACAAACCAGGAACGGAAAAUGAUUUUAAUCUACGCAGUAUCUCUAAUAAUGCUGACGGCAUUGGUAAAUGCUGCUAAUCCUUGCUGCUCGUUUCCAUGCCAACACAGAUCUGUUUGUAUGACCAAAGGAUUUGAUGAUUAUAUGUGUGACUGUAGCCAAACAGGUUACUAUGGCAAAAACUGUGAAAUACCAACAUUUCGUCAAACAAUCAUCACUUUUAUAAAACCGACCCCUGAUACUGUCCAUUAUAUCUUAACAAAUUUCCCAUGGUUAUGGAAAAUUAUAAACAAUGUCCCUUUUCUCAGUAACAUUGUUAUGACUUAUGUAUAUAUAUCGAGGGGACAACUGGUGGACAGUCCCCCUCUCUAUGUGUCCAACCAGACUUUCACAUACUCGGACAUCUACUAUAACAGGUCAACAUUUGUGCGCAAUCUACCACCGGUCCCCAAGGAUUGUCCCAUGCCAUUGGGCGUUGUAGGUCCCAAGGUCCUUCCUGACACAAAUAAACUCAUAGAAAUCUUCAGGAGACAAGAAUUUAAACCUGACCCCAUGGGAACAAGUCUACUAUUCGCUUUCAUGGCUCAACAUUUUACUCACCAGUUUUUCAAGACUGACCUAACCAAAAAUCCCGACAUGCAAUGGGGCAAUCAAGGCGUUGAUGCCAGUAAUAUCUAUGGCAAAAAUCUUCACGAAGAGAAUCUUUUAAGAACAUUCAAAGAUGGUAAAAUGAAGACUCAGAUCAUAAACAAUGAAAUAUGGCCACCCCAUGUAAAAGACGCUCCUGUCUCAGCCAAGUUUUUAGAUAAAAUAGAUCGGAAUUACCAUUUUGCAGUUGGUCAUGAGUUCUUCAAUGUGGUCCCAGGCCUCGUCGUCUUCUCCACUGUUUGGCUGCGGGAACACAACCGAGUCUGCGACAUUUUAAAGGAGGAGCAUCCGGAAUGGUUAGAUGAACAAUUGUUCCAGACAACUAAGCUUAUAAUCAUUGGUGAAAUAAUCAAAUUGAUUAUUGAAGAGUAUGUCAGCCAUCUGGCACAUUAUGGCUUAAAUAUUCGCUUUGAUCCAGAACUGCUCUUUAAUCAACGUUAUCAAUACCAGAACCGAAUUGCCAUCGAAUUCAAUCACCUAUACCACUGGCAUCCAUUCAUACCUGACACUUUCAACAUCAAUGGAACAAUGUACACAAACAGGGAGUUUUAUUACCAUCCUGAGAUUGUUGUGAAACAUGGAAUGAAGGCGUUUGUUGAUUCCUUAUCACGACAAACAGCUGGUCAAAUGACAGCUUACAACCAUGGAGUGGUCACACUGCACGUUGCCAAAGAAAUCAUUGAACAUGGUCGAUUGCUUCGAUUACAGUCAUUUAAUAAUUAUCGACGACGGUUCAAUUUGAAACCUUACAAAAACUUCUUUGAAUUGACAGGUAACAUGGAAUUGGCAAAUAUACUUGAAAAUUUCUAUGGAGAUGUGGAAGCUGUGGAGAUGUAUGUUGGAAUGAUUGCCGAGAAACGCCAACACAAAUCAUUGUUUGGACAAACUAUUAUCGAAAUGGGAGCCCCUUUCUCUGUGAAGGGUCUUAUGUCGAGUCCUAUCUGUAGUCCCGGAUGGUGGAAACCGUCCACGUUUGGUGGUGAUGUAGGUUUCAACAUUGUCAAGACACAAACGUUCAAGAAACUGUUUUGUCAAAACAUGAAAGAUGGUUGUGGGUUGGUCAGUUUACGGAUACCUGAAUGGACGGAAGAAUAUGAAGAAUCUCGGCGUAAAAUUGAAAAUGAAGCUAUGUACAGAAUGCCAUCAACAAAGGAAUCAACUUCAGAGAAGCCCCUAAUGUCAAACAGUAAACCACAAUCGAACGAAUUAUGAAUCACUACAAAAUAAAAAUUGUUACUCCCACUUCUGACUAUACACCCAGACACAUGUGUCCACCCCACUGAAACUCAUACACUGACAUACACAAAUACAUACAUCUGCACAUAUACACAUUUUUGAAAAAAUUUUAAUUUUAAAUACACAAGUGUCCAUUACUUUGGGUUUCUUGGAAAAUGAUCAUCAGACAUGUUCACUGAUUGUCAAUAUUUAAAGACUUGACCAUUUCCAUUCACUAAAUUCUUUCUAGCUGUAGUGACAGUGUCUGCAUGUAUGUGUAAAUGUGCAUGUAAAGCAGAAUGAUUGUGUCUGUAUGUGGUGUAUGUGUAUAUAUAUGUACAUGUGUAUAUAAAUGUAUGUAUAUAUAC